CCAGUAUAAUUUAUUAAUGAUUUUGCGGUCACACUGGGCGACGCACAUUACAAACAUUAUUCAGGUUUUUGUAGGGAAAAAUAUAUAGAAUUACUCCAAAUUUAGCUGUGCAAAGUAUUUAGAGAGCCCACCGAAGAUGUCCUUCUCGUUUCAACCCACAAACACCGGGAUAGGUGGCGCCGCAGCUGCACCCGGUGCUCUUGGUUUUGGCGCGCGUCCGGCGACAACGACGGCUCCUCCUCCAGCCUUCGGAACAGCCACUGCCACCACAGCGUUUGGCGCAGCACCGGCAGCUACACCGGCUUUUGGAGCGGCAACAGCAGCCACUCCAGCCUUCGGAGCAGCUCCGGCUGCGACUCCUGCGUUUGGAGCAGCCCCAGCAGCCACGCCUGCCUUUGGAGCGGCACCGACAGCCACUCCGGCUUUUGGGGCAGCAACAGGUACCACUAGCGCCUUCGGAGCAGCUCCUGCUGCCACCACGGGCUUUGGUGCAGCGGCCACGCAAGCGCCUACCUUUGGAGCCGCUGCACCUGCUGUAGGCACCGUUGCACCCACGUUCUCCUUCGCAACGCCGGCAACUACUGCACCCACUACGGCUCCGCCGGCUUUUGGAUUUGGGACAACUACCACAACUGCUGCCGCUGGUAUUGGAACCUUUGCCUUUGCCAAGCCCCAAGCCACAACGGCAGCCAGUCUGAACUUCAACACCACCACGACGACGGCAACAGCGCAGCCCUUUAAUACAGGAUUAAAAUUGGGAACGACCACCGCCACAACGUCGCUGGGAGGCGGCGGAAUCUUUGGAAAGCCCGCCGGGCAGGCAACUGCCGCUGCACCCUCAACAUUUGUGGGACUGGGCGGCAUUGAUGUAAGUGCAACGCAGCCCAAGUUGGGCGAUAAUAAACAGGAUGGUAUCAAGAUCAGGGAGACUCAAGUGCCUGACGAGAUUGUGAAAACCGUGGAUGCCCUGAAGGUGUACAUUAAGCAGCAGAAGACAACCUCCUCGGAUAUUAGCCGGACUUCCACCUCCAAGUUCAGCAACGUUAGCCACGAAAUCAACAACUUGAAGUGGGCUCUGCGGGAUAUGUCUAAUUCGGUGGAGACCAACAAUCAGCAGAUUCGGCUGUUGCGCCAGGAAACAUCCAAGGCCAUUCAGUCGCUGGAGAUGGCCCAGCGUACGCAGGACACGCCCGCUGGUCUUCAGUUCGAGCACAGUGCUCCGUUCCAGUACUUCCAGUGCCUCGUGGCAAAAUACGAACAAGAUUUGAUAGCGUUGCGCCAGAAAAUUGCUCAUACCGAGAGCCUCAUGCACGCCCUCUCCAACCCCCAGAGCAUUUCUCCAACGGAUAUGAUGCGCUGCUUCCGCCAGCUAAGCGAGAGCUUCAUGUCGUUGGCCGGACGUCUGCAGGAGGUGCACCAGCGUGUGGAGGAACAGAAGGAACACUACCUUAACCUGCGUCGCUACCGAUUGAGGGACGCCACAAAUGUCUUUGAACGGAUCGACAAUCCUCCACUGCCAUUGGUGGAGCCCCAGAGGAUUAGCAGUGGCCCGACGCCUUUCUCCAAUAUCACGGCCAUCAGCAGCCUGAAUAAAUCUUAUACGUCGGCGGCGGCGGCAAAUUCCGCCAGCAAUGCGGCAGCCAAGUAAGAUUGAAUUGUUAGCAUGUUUCAAAUAAAUCGUUAUGUACCAGAGAGAGA